ACUCAUCUAAUGUUUAUCUAUAUUAAAUGCCGACGGGGGCAAGCUUUAUUGUUUAUUAUUAAUCGACAAGGUGAAGUUGCCGUGGCUGGACCAGCUUCUCCGUAACCCAAUAAUCCAAGACGGAAAUUCCAAAAUUUUUAAUUAUUUAUUAAAAAUCCCAGAAAAAUGCUAUAAAUAUGGGACUCUUGCCUCGCAACUCGGACAGCCGUCCAGAAUUUAGUAAAAAUUUCAAAAGCAGCUUUCCGCAGAAAUUUUUUUCGACAUCCUGCCAAAAAAGUGCAGGCAGUUGUCGCUUAUGUUGUGUCGCUGUCGCAUGUCCACAAAUCUUAUGUUUAGUGAUUGAUCAUACUUCGAACGAACGUAUACACAACGUGCGUCGUUGUAAUUUUUGAAAAAUGACUUCAGCUAUAGUUGCUGGAUUAGGACUAGCGGCUGUUGGAUUCGCCGGACGUUAUGUAUUAAAACAAAUGCCAAACUUGUCAUCAAAAAUGGCAGAAGCCAUGAAAAACAUGCCAAAGUUAGAUUCACAGUCAUUGGCAAAUAGUAAAUACUACAAAGGUGGCUUUGAGCAAAAAAUGACACGCCGAGAGGCAGCUCUUAUUUUGGGUGUCUCACCUGCGGCACCAAAAACAAAAGUCAAAGAGCAAUUCAAGAAAGUUAUGUCAGCAAAUCAUCCUGAUCGUGGAGGUUCACCUUAUAUUGCAGCAAAAAUUAAUGAAGCUAAGGAUAUGCUUGAAAAAUAAUCAAGACUUUAGAAUAGAUUUUUGGAACUUCAUUGUUUAUAUGGAAAACAAAAUUUAUUCAUACUGUUUAGUAUAAGUAUAUGGAUAUAGACACAUAAAAUCUUGUAAAAUAAAAAAUGUAAAUAGUAUAUACUAUGUAUAUAAUUGCAAAUUAUACGUAUAAUAAUUUUUAAAAAGUCACUUCACUUAUUCUUUACAUUAAUUUGUACAGACAAUCAAAAAUGAGGUUGUAUAUUCGAUGUAUGUACAUGAUCAUUAAUGUAACCAUCAAUUUUUAACAUCACUCAAUUGAUACACAAGAUUGGUCAUAUUAAAAAAAUCUAAUCAAUAAUAACUUUACGUUUCCAAAGAGACUUCUUUUUAAAAGCAAAAGUAAAUAGUAAUGAAUAAUCUCUAAGCUCAUCGAACCUGCGAUUUACAUUUCUUAAGAAUAUUAAAAUUUCAAGUAGAAGCUCAAGAAUAUAUACAUUACAAUUACUGUACAAUAAUAAUAAUAUAUAAUUGAAAGACUCAUCUGAAUUAACUUGCAAGUUUUUGUAGACUUUUUACUAAUUUUAUAGAAUACAGUAAAUUUAAUUACUUUAUUAUCACAAGGAACAGGAAACACAGUGAUACUGUACAAAACUACGCAUUUUUAAAAAUUGUUGGACAAAUGUAACAAAUUGAUCACCACAAUGACUAGAGUUCGCCAGUGGAGAAGGUUAUUAAAACUAAUACUACCGCCUUUCUUUA